GAGCCCGUGCUGCUCCUCUGGGAUGACUCCAGCGGCCACUGGACCGCUGAAGUGCUGGCUUACGCUGCAUCUAUUAGGGUGGUGCUGCUGAAGGUGACUCCCCAUGCUACGUCUGUUUGCCAGCCGGCAGACGUAGCAUGGAAUCAUCCGUUCAAGACUUGGCUGCGCAGGUUUUGGCUCGAGGACAUCCAGCGGCAACUGAUGCAGCCGAGCGACGCGGAAGCCAAGUUUAAGCUGACUCCACCAGGCCGCGCCGGGAUGUGCCAUUGGAUUCGCGCUAGUUGGGAGAGCCUGAGCUCCGACACCAUCGCGAAUGGAUACAAGAAAUGCGACUUA